CAAUCAUCUUCAAGCGCCUCUCCUCUUCCAUAUUCUUCGACGGUUAAUGCAGCAAACGUUACAUCCAGAGUUUCUGACUGUUACAAUGGCUUUUCGCUGCCUUUACCCUAUCUACAUAAACCUCCCUCACCCUCCCUCCCUUCAUAUCUCUACCCACAUUUGCACCCAUGGCUCCUCCUCCUUACCCCUUACCUUCACUUCCAUUUCUACUACUCAUCCUCACCGUUCUUGGUCUUCCACGGUCAUCAUCUACGUUGAUGCCAGGCUUCCGUCGCCAGCAACUGGAAACCGGGUUCCAGGUCGGCCUAAGACAUAUUGAUGCUGGUCGUAACUUCACGAGACUUCAACUCAUCCAAAGAGGAAUCAACCGCGGGAGGCAGCGGCUGCAGAGGAUGAGUGGAAUGGCAACAACUGCAGAGCGUAACGGUUUCCAAGCCCCGGUUCAUGUUGGAGAUGGAGAGUUCGUAGUGAACUUAAUGAUCGGAACACCCCCUGUGCCUUUCCCGGCGAUAAUGGAUACGGGAAGCGACUUGAUAUGGACGCAGUGCAAUCCAUGCAAGUUGUGUUUCCAGCAAUCGACGCCCGUUUUCAAUCCGAAGCGGUCUUCCACCUUCUCUAAUAUUUCAUGUUCCAGUAAAUUAUGCAAGGGUGUAAAGCCUUCCAAGUGUGAUAAAUCUUGCGAGUAUAGAUAUACUUAUGGAGACGAGUCGUCCACGGAAGGCUUCAUGGCAAUGGACACUAUCACUUUUGGGGAGUUACCGAAACGAGUUUCAAUCCCUCGUAUCGGGUUCGGGUGUGGGGUUAACAACCGGGCUACAGGGAUGGAUCAGACUGCAGGGCUGCUGGGUCUCGGGCGGGGAGUUCUGUCGCUAGUUUCACAGCUUGGUACACAGAAAUUCUCGUAUUGUUUAACCUCGAUUCAUGAGAAUAAAACGAGCAGUCUUUUGUUUGGAUCUCUAGCUUAUUCGAACUUCAACCCUGGAAAAAUUCCAAGGACCCCAUUGAUUCAAAACCCAUUCCUGCCAUCCUACUACUAUCUGGCUCUUAAAGGCAUCACAGUCGGCUACACUCUUUUACCCAUACCCGAAUUCGCAUUCCAAUUGGGAAAGGAUGGGAGCGGCGGCAUGAUCCUAGAUUCUGGGACAACUAUAACUUAUUUACAGGAGGAUGCUUUUGAUGUGCUAAAGAAUGCCUUCAUCUCCCAAACGGAGCUUCAGGUUGCCAAUUCCAGCACCACCGGACUUGACCUUUGCUUUCAUUUGCCAGUGAAAAAUGCAGCAGAGGUCAAGGUGCCAAAGCUGAUCUUUCACUUCAAGGGGUUAGAUUUAGCGCUGCCAGUGGAGAAUUAUAUGGUAUCAGAUCCUGAAAUGGGAUUGAUAUGCUUGGCCAUUGAUGCCACGGGCAGUCUAUCAAUUUUUGGGAACAUUCAGCAGCAGAACAUGUUGGUCCUCCAUGAUCUUAAGAAGUCGACUUUAUCCUUAGUUCCCACCCAAUGUGAUAAGGUGUAAGCCAGUUUGAACGUCCAGCUAUAUGGUGUUCAUGAGUGGCUUUUCUGAUUUCAAGUUUCAUUUGAUGUAGAGAGAAAAGUUCCCAUAUUUCUCCUGCAAUGGAAUUAGCAUUUGCUAAACCAGUAUUGUCUCAUAGGUAUUACAAUAUAACACAUUUUACCUUGUAUUGUUUGCGUUAACGAUCUCCAUAAUCUUACCGAACCCAUAAAAUCAAGGUUUAUGUUUGCACUAAUUCACUGUAUAUCUUGCAUAAUUCGACAGAAAAAAGAUGAAGAAAGGAUCAACUACGAAAUAGAGAAUAAGCAAAAGCUAGGGAUGUUUAAUUGCAGGGAUGAGAGUUUGACCAUAAAUGCAGAAACAGAGACCAAAGUUUGACAAUGAUUAUUUCACUGGACGCAU